AUGUUUUUCUUUCAGCAAUUUCAAGAAGAAAUUGUCGGUUGGCAGGCUAAAGAAUAUUUGCCCGCUUGCAACAUAAUAUUUUUUUUUCAUAUUAGUGUCAAAGCUAUUUUGUUAUUGCAGUCAGAAAUUCUUUUCUUUCUUUCUUUCUUUCUUUCUUUCUUUCUUUCUUUCUUUCUUUCUUCUGUUCUCUUUCUGUCAUGUUUUCUUUCAUGCUUUCUUUCCUUAUUUAUUUUAUUUUCUCAUUGUCAUCGUCUUUUUUCUUUCUUCUUUUCUUUCUUCCUUUCAUUCUUUCUUUUUCGUUCUUGCUUUCAUUGUUACUUUUUUCCAAUCAUUCUUCCUUUCUUUCUUUCUUCAUUUCAUUUUUCUUUCAUUCAUUCUUUCUUUCUUUUUUGUUUCUUUUUUUCUAUCAUCCGUACAUCCUUUCAUUCCUUCAUUCUUUUUUCUUUGUUCCUUUCAUUUUUUUCAUUCUUCCUUUCAUUCUUCGCUUCAUUCUUUCUUUUUCUUUCUUCGUUUCAUUCUUUCUUUUUUCUUUCUUCGUUUCAUUCUUUCUUCGUUUCAUUCUUUCUUCCUUUUUUCUUUCUUCUCCUUUUUUCUAUUCCUUGCUGUCACCGAAGCUUUUCUAUUUUUUCACAUUCAUUCCUUUAA